CGCUGUAGCUUCAGCGCUGUUCGGAAGUGGGAUGUGCGACGAGUUGAAUUCGAGGUGAUCCUGGAGUUUCACGCGUAAUUCAAGGAUGUCGUCUGGGACGAAAGUUCCCUCAGAUAAUUGGUUUCGAGAUCUUGUGGACGAAGCGCUCCAAGAGCGCGGAUUCCGGACCGUUGAGGGAGAGUCCCAGUAUACUCACAAGUCAUGCCCAGGUGCCAAGUUCGAGUUUGUAUGGACGAAGCUGUCAGAUGACUUAGUGACCGGAAACUCUAUUUGGAGCGUGGGGGAUGUGAGCGAGUGUAUUACACUCCACAAGCUUCAGAAACUCGAAGUUCCCCAGAGAAAUGUGAUAAAAAUACAAAUCGUGAAUAACCUGUUACUUCCGUGCCUAUACGCAUGUGAGACCUUCAUCCAUGGUUCGCCCCAGCAAGGUCUUCUGGCUCUGCCCGCCGAGGUCAGCUUGCAAAUUAUGGAGAACCUCCCGGCAGCCUCACUUUGCUCCCUGGCCGUGGCUCAUCCGACGAUGAAGCUGCUGACGGCCGAAUCUAAGUUAUGGGAACGUCUCUUCAGAAAAGAUUUCCCGCUGGCCAAGCCGAGUGUAACAUUGAAUUCGAAUUGGAAGGAGCUUUACAAAACCGAAUAUCUGGCAGGUAAACCGAGUGGGAGAGAUCUUGAAACAUAUUCUACCUAUAUCCUUCCGAACUCGCUUUAUCAGAAUCUAACCAUCGCCCAUAUGGAUCCUAACUCGAGCCCUCACGGCCGUUUUCCUCUGCCUACUGAGAUUCUAUUCUCGUGACUUCUCAUACAUAUGAAUUUUUGUUCCGGAAGCACGGCGAAGGGUGAGAAUCAAUUUUUGAAACUGGAGUCCAGAACUUCCCGUCUUCUCGGACUCGUCAGGCGACUUGACUCGCUUCUCGUUCUCGACCUCUGUUCAUCCGAGAAGGGAAAGUUGGCCUUCGAUUUACUGCAAUGAGACGGGAUCGUGCAUCGUGAUGCACCUGGUUAUUUACAAUAGUCGUCAGCUCAUAGUCGUCCGCUUUCCAGGCCGGGCGAUCUACAGGCGUUCGGCGGUACUUCCUACGGUACGCCGACAUCAUAUGAGCGAAGCCGAUCCUCGAUCGAGAGUGUUCAAACCCUUGGACUUCUAUCGGAAGCUUGUCCGAUACAACUAUUCUGAUUAAUUUGCCGUAGAUUCCUCUGAGGUGUAUUAGGCAGAUUCUUUAUUGAUA